UCCGCCGGACAGCGGACAGCAGGGGGUGCUGCUGAACACGGUGUGACCUCACUUCCUGGAAACGGCAGCGCUGGUGUUGUUAGCCGCAGCUAAGCUAAAGAUAAUAAAUACUUUCAUUUAAAUUUGAGGUUUAUUUUUACCAGCCCAGGUGAGUCCUGACCCCUCAUGGCCCGGCUGCUCUUCGGUGGAGCUUUAUCAGCUGCCAUCCCCUCCAACGCCACUGACAUCAGUGAGUUAAGGGAGAUUCCUGAUAAUCAGGAGGUCUUCGCUCACGCUCACACAGAUCAGAGUAUUAUAGUAGAGCUGAUGGAGUAUCAGGCUCAUGUUGAGGACUCUCAGGCUGCCAGGUAUCACUUUGAGGACCUUGCAGGCAGUAAUAAAGCGAGUGCUGAAGGUUUGUGGGAAGUUCGGGGGGUGGAGCCUAUUGCCAGCUCUCAGAUUAACCUGCAGGAGUGCAGCUCAGCCUGGCUGCUCAGCGGAGCUCAGCUCAUCUCCAAAUUCAAUGAGGAGGCCAAAAACACUGUAAACAUUCACCUGUGCCUGUUCCGUCUGCCGCAGUACACUACAGACAUCCUGAUCACCUUCAACGACCCUGUAAACAUCAGUCCUCUCAGCAGUAGUGCACUGGUCAGUGUGGAUGCAAGCUGGACGCUGCAGGACUUUGUCACUCUGCUGCAGUCCGUUCGGCUGCUGGAUCCUGGAGUGUUCACAUAGCUCACGCACAACUUUCAGAGUGAAAUGUAUUAAAUGUAUUUCUGUUUAUGAAGUAUAUUCUCUGAGUUGGUGUAAAAGCUUUAUGUUCCGUUAACUAAGGAUUUUUCUGUCUGUAUUUUGGUGCUUGCUGUUGUUACUUCCUCUGCUGAUUCACUGAGUUUAUUUUGUUAAGAACUAAAAACCUUCCUGUGGAAAAUGAA